AUGGGGCAGCAGGGCAGCCGACCAGAUGCCAAUGCCGUGACGGAACUACCAAGCGCACACGGUGGAAGGCAGAGUAGACUGGAUGUAGAGCUGAAAGAAGUGACGGAGGUCGAUCUGACUUCGAGCAGUUCGCAAAGCAAGGUGAAGCGAGACAGUCGUCCGCCUUCUUCUCAGGGACGGCUACCUCCAACCAAGCCUGCGGCGCCGUCCAAUGCUCGGCCACCCUCGUCUCAAGGCCCAGGCAGGCGUGGACCGAACCAAGGGCAGGGGCCAUUGCUCUUGAACAAGUCGGGCCAACUCCGUCGCACUGCCACGGAGAGGACUCUGGACUCCAACGGUCCACUGGACGAGUCGCCGCCACCCACACGGCCUGGCACCGCGGCGUCCUUGGUGUCCGUCAAUGCGGCUGUGCGAAAUCCGCAGCGGUAUAGGGUGGAGCUCCCCGGGCAGAUGCCUGACAUACGGGGUGACCCGUCACCUCCACCAUCACAGCCUGCAUCGUUGGCACUCCGCAGCAGGCCCGGGACAUCGCAGAAUUCACAGCUGCUGGCAGCUCAGUUCACCCAGACCAAGGCCUUUGCUCGGCCGGCCAGUUCGGGGAAUGACCCGGCGUUGCAACACCUACCCCUGGCAGUCACGUUAAAGGGACCAACAGGACCUCGACGGAAUAUGCCCCCAGGAAGACCUGAGACUUUGGAGAUGCCGAAGGCUUUCAGCCGCCCAAUGACCAGUGGGACUGAGGCGGCUGGAGGCGGCCGCCGUGGCAUCAGAUGGGUCGAAGAUAUUGCACGGCACUAUCGCAUUGGCACCAACGUGAUGCCAUCCUGUCAUGCAGGCAUGGAGAUCCGUCAUGCAAGCCGAGCAAGUGAGGACACUCCAACAGCGCAGGAGUCGUUUGUGGUGAAGCUUCGCUACAAGAACAAGAGCUUUCAGGGUAAAAAUGAAGAGUCACGGUGGCGGAACAACACAGAACUCAUACUGAAUAUGCCUCAAAGCAACGGCAUCGCACGACUCAUCGAUGUCCUCGAGGACAGCAAGGCGUACUAUGUGGUCAUGGAAAGAGCCGGAGGCUGCGAUUUGUAUGAGUGCUUGUCUGGCGCACCCGAGCGGCGGUUGCCUGCCCAUGAAGCUCGAGAGGUCUUACGAGAACUCCUUGCUGCAGUUGCUGAACUUCAUUCUCAUGGCUUCAUCCACAAGGACCAAAGUGUCCCGCGCACAUUCGGCGAAACUUGGCCACCAGCCCUGGCGCAGGUGUCAAGCUUAUAG